AGAUUGAUUUAUUUGGUUAAGAAAUACUUUUCUUGAACCUAUUUUUUAAAAGUAACACUCAGUGUUACCAUAACAUGCACAUUUGAAAUGUGAGAACUAUAAGAGAUGAAAAUCUGACAGGUGCAAUUAGUGAGAUACAAAGCAGGAGGUGUUGAACCAAAACCAUCAGUUAAACAUUUUGCAUUCAGACUUAAUUCUUUGUUAGAAAGGUUGGGAAUAACAUGAAAGCCAUUUUAACCUUAACAACGAAAGGAGGAUUAUUAUCACUUAAUUAUAUUUCAGUGACAAACUGCUUUCUGCAAAAUCCAGCCCACAGGACACAAACACGAUCUUGCCACACCUUGGCAUUACUGGUUUGCAGCAUUAUUUCCCUAUCCUUUUCUGAAACCCAUUCAACAUGGACUCAAACAAUAGCAACUCUGGCAAGAAUCCUCCUAUAUACACAAUGAAGAAAUAUUUCUGAGCUUCAUAAGUUAUAACACAAGUGUCACACUUCUUUUCACAGCAGCCGAAGGACAGGAGUUUGUUUGGUUAAAGCUCUCAGGACAUUAUAAUGGCUUUAGUAUUUAGAACUGUGGCUCAACUAGCUGGAGUUUCAUUAUCUUUGCUGGGAUGGGUUUUAUCCUGUCUUACAAACUACCUGCCACACUGGAAGAACCUCAACCUGGACUUAAAUGAAAUGGAAAACUGGACCAUGGGACUCUGGCAAACCUGCGUCACCCAAGAGGAAGUGGGGAUGCAAUGCAAGGACUUUGACUCCUUCCUGGCUUUGCCUGCUGAACUCAGGGUCUCCAGGAUCUUAAUGUUUCUAUCAAACGGGCUGGGAUUUCUGGGCCUGCUGGUCUCUGGGUUUGGCCUGGACUGUUUGAGAAUUGGAGAGGGUCAGAGAGAUCUCAAGAGGCGACUGCUGAUCCUGGGAGGAGUUCUGUCCUGGGCCUCGGGAAUCACAGCCCUGGUUCCUGUCUCUUGGGUUGCCCACAAGACGGUUCAGGAGUUCUGGGAUGAGAACGUCCCAGACUUUGUCCCCAGGUGGGAGUUUGGGGAGGCCCUCUUUCUGGGCUGGUUUGCUGGACUUUCUCUUCUACUGGGAGGGUGUCUGCUCAACUGUGCAGCCUGUUCCAGCCACGCUCUCCUAGCUUCGGGCCACCAUGCAGUGGCGCAAAUGCAAGAUCAUCAUCAACUGGAGACAAGAAACACCAACCUGAGAAACUAAGCCAGAAAGGACAAGCGUCUGCUGUUCAGGAGACGCCUGCUCAACACUGGAUUUGGUAGGAGGUCCCGCUCUAGUCAUCUCACUGUGCUUCUGAUUUUCGAAAAUGCAUUUUUUCCUGUGGCUGUUAAACUAUAGUUUCUUUCCAAGACUGGUAAACUAUUUUUAUCUUCUACUCUGAGAUCAAAACCAAUCAAGACUUCAUAGUAAUGACACCCAUUACUGUGGAUGAGUGUUCUCAAUUUUAGAACAAUGAUUGCAUAGAAGUGGUAAAUAAAACGUUAAUCUGUAUGUGUCUUUGAAGGUGUUAUUCAAAUGGAGCGGAAUCAUCUGGCAGAUCACUGACUUCUUUCAGGUGUUUAAGAUAACCUAGUAUAAUAAGCCUGAGCUGCAUACUUAUUUAAAAUGCAUGACGUCUUAUUAUAUAAAAGAAUGAUGAGCUCUUUAAAAGCUUUAGAGGUGAAAGGCGUAGACACAUCAUCUCCUCCAUCAGAGACCUGUGUCUCUAUGGAACCUUUUCUCAAAAGGCAGCCACAUUCAGUCAUGCCUUCUAAACGAUGUCAGAAGCAGGAGCGUGAUCUUGUGUUUUGGAUGAUUCAAGUAGGCUCUGGCACACAAACGUGCUUCUGCAUCCUGUGCUCUGUAUUUCGUCGGGAGCGUUUCUGGCUUCCCUGGCACUGAGCAGUCUGUGGGGGGCAGGGCAGGGCAGGGCAGGACUGGUGUGUGUGUAGGGACCUCCUGGGAUGGCUGCCUCUCCGUGGAGCACGCUGCCAGCCCAGGCGGAACGACCACAGAGCACACACUCUGGAGCCCUUCAUUUUAUUUGCACAAUGAAAAGACUUCGUCCUUUCUUAUCAGCAAUACAUAUAGUUCCAACAAGAACUAUUCAUCACAAACUGCUGGCUUGGGGAUUUCUUCGUGAAAUAUUUUGUAUUUGCUUGGUACAUGGUUCCAGGAAACUCGUGUGUUUGUGCCAAUCAGGGAAAUAAACUGAACAAUAAACGACACUGAAAUAGACUAUUAGGCAAUAUGUAGCUUUGUUUUUUGUUUUUGUUUUUUUAAAAACCGACUGAAUUUUUUUCCACCCACAAACACAUGGAAAGUGCAGAAACCAAAGUUAAUCUAUGUGAUGUAUUUGCAUACGUUUACAAACAAGACAAAUUAAAACAGAAACAUGUUCAGAAUUUAACCCGAUUAAAUAUUAAGUUCAGUCCUGAGCUUUUGAUAUUUAAUACAAUAUAGAUAAGCAAAAAAUUUUAAUUUAUUUGAUUUGCAUGCUACAGAGAUUUAGCUAAACUUUGUUCAUUUGGCUAGCAAUAUCCUUUUUGUACCUGUAACACUUAAGAUUCUGAUAUACAAAAUUGUAAUAAUAUAAUGAUAAUUCAAACUUGAGAACUAAAUAUUACAUUCUUUUUACCCUGUGCGAAUAAAUUCUACCUUUUAAAAAUAGUAUUUAUAAUAUUAAAAUUCGUAUUUGUCCAUAUGGUUUUGUGAUCAAGUUAUUAAAAUGUUUUGUCACUGUGAAUCAUUUGGGUUAGUACAAAUAUGACAAGAUUAUUAAAAGCUGCCUAUAAAUACAUAACACUAUUGCUGACUUUUAAAGUGUAGAAAAAGGAUUAUAUUAAAAUAAGUUCAUCUCUCAUGUUAGAAAUGAGGAAAUUUUGUGAAAUACAACAACCAAAAGCAUCUUGGUCACAACUGCUAACUACCAGCCUGAGACAGAUUUUAUUCUUUAAUACUUGUCUGAAACUUUUUGUAUUACAAAAAGUCCACAGCUAAUCUGAUGAAAGACUUAUAAAGCUGUAAAUAUUCCAAUAUAGUCUCUUCUGUGUCAAAUAUUUAAAAUGGCCAGAAUCAAACUAUAUAUUAAACAGAACAUAAAUAAGACUGUAAAUAAAUAAAUGAAGAAAAUAAAAUCGUACAGAACAGCUACACAUAAUUCUAUAGACAUCUUCAUGGUCAAACUAAGACGCUGAAAACAGCCCACCUUCAUUUACCUCCACGUUAAAUAAACUUCUGUCUUUCACACUGGACCUCGACAAGGGUGAACUGUAUUCUUUUUCUAGUUUUCCUUAGUCAUCUAAGAGAAUGAACUGGGCAGUCUUAAAGGACUGUACUCAGUCAAUUCACUAGGCUGGUUUUUGUUCAAAGUAGUGUCUGCCAUGUCCAGUUAUGUCUUCAGAGAAAUUUGUAUGUUAAGUGGUGGGACAUUUAGGAAAAAAUAAAGUUCUAGGCUCAGAAGUUGCUUAAUUUGAACUUCGAUUCCAAUAACAUGAACUUUCCAAAAUAUAUACAAUUGCUUUCAGGAAAGUAAAAAUUCUUGCUAGUGAGCAUUCUAACUUAGGAACACAACUUUUUUGUUCUUUAAGGGGUUCCUUUAAGACAAUUUUGGAUUUCUUUAAAAAAAAUCUAUUUUAUUUGCCAUAUUAGAUGGCUAACCCCAAAUUGUUUCUGAGUAAUAAGUAUGGUUUAAAUGGUCUAAAUAUUAUAUAUUUUAAAAGCUUGAUGCUGGCAGAGCUGCACUGAGGAUAUGUGUUUUAAGACGUGCCUGGGUUGGGUAAGGUGAAAUUCUAAACUGGAGGACGCAUUAGUCAGUUUCUCUCUCUAAACUUGUUCAUCCAAAAGUCAUUUCAUAAACAAUUUAGCUUGUACUUCAAAUUAAUAAUCCCCCCAGGCACAUUCUUCCCUUUGCCUCCGAACUAUUUACCAUAAAUUAUAGAUAGAAUCCCCUAAAAAUGAGAGCUAUGAGGCAAUUUCUACUAAAUGUUAGAAAUCUCUUGAUAAACUCAUUUGUUUUUGGCAACUUUCAUUCUAUCAAGACAUCUUUUCCCCUCUUCUUGGUUAUACCAAAUGGGUGCCGAUGCGUUUCUCUCCACACCUCCAGCUUUCUCUGUCCUUAGAACACAGGGCCACCACUUGGCACCAUCCUUAGAUUUAGGGCAAAACACUGGUGCAAGCCAGAAACUCAUGUUUGAACACUUCUGCAAAUUCAGGCUGAGUGAGAGAAACCAGCUGCUCAUUUGAUGAGCUUAUUUGUAUCUCUACAUGGCUGAUGUUCUUUCUUCUCCUUGCCCUCAGUGUCAUGAAUCCCAAGAUCUUCAGUGUAGCCAAGAGCAGUGCUCCUUUGUAUUCUUAUUCUUAAGAUAACUUGGUAGUUUAUAUUUUUGUUUUCUUUAGAAAAAUAUAAAAGGACAAAAAGGAAAUCGUUUUAAGGAAACCAGGUGUUGCCGCACAGGUGAUGGCCAUGAACGCAGCAUCCAUUUUGGGUGGACUUUGGAACGCCGCACCCCAGUGACUGCUCACACUCUCCUCGCCAGCGCACAGAUACCACGUGGCGGUGCUGCCAUCGGCACGGCCUACUCACAGAAACACAAAGGAGAAGCAAGACCACCUGCUGAACCAGGUUGUCUCUCAACAGUCGGCUCAACAGUACACACGUGGGGUAGUGCUGCCUCCAUUCCGUGUUUACAAAACAAAGCCCACUGGCAAUGCGCACAUUCUGGGCAACAUUUGUGUACCAGAUUAUCCCAUUUUUCUUAUCUGAUUUUUUCUUGUUUAAGCACAUAAAAAUUACACUCAAGAUACUUUACAAAUUAAAAUGUUGAAAAUCUGAUGUGAAAUAAAAGUUCUUCAAGAGUUGACAGUUAUGUUACCAAAAACAACCAAACACCAAAACAAAAAAACAAAUCUUCAGUCUUUUACCCUCCCUAAAAAA